AUGAACUUUGAUCUUUGUGUAGAUGAAUAUACUCAUGAUAUACCUGGUGUCAUGUAUGUAACUAAUAACAUACCUGGUCCAGGUAUAAAUGUGGAUGAUUUUGAAUCUGUAUUUACAUCAGGUUGUUCAUGUACACUUGAAUGCUCAAAGUGUACUUGCACUCGUGGUUCUGCUAAUUAUAUAAAUGAUUGUAUUGUCGAAGAAAAAUUAUCAGUACCAAUUUUAGAAUGUAAUCCUUAUUGUAUGUGCAAUCAGAAUUGUGGUAACAGAUUGGUACAACGUGGUCCAUUAAAUAGUCUUCAAGUAAUAAAUACUGCUAAAAAAGGUUUAGGUCUUAUAACAACGACAUUAAUAAAGAAAGGGCAAUUCAUUUGUGAAUAUGCUGGUGAAAUAAUAAGCAUAGAUGAAGCACGACGCAGGGUUGAAGCUAAUAAAAAUGAUAAUAGUAUGAAUUAUGUUCUUGUAGUCUCUGAACAUAUAGGAGAGCAGAUAAUUGUAACUUGUGUAGAUCCAAAGUAUUUUGGCAAUAUUGGAAGGUAUAGUAAUCAUAGCUGCCAGCCAAAUGCUAAUCUUGUACCUGUCAGAGUUGAAAGUGUUACACCACGAUUAUGCUUAUUUGCAUCUCAAGAUAUAGAAAGUGGAGAAGAAAUUACUUUUAAUUAUGCCAGUGGAGUGAUUUCUGACCGUCAUUUAAGUGACACACCCUGUUAUUGUGGUUUCAGUAAUUGUUUAGGUUAUUUACCACAUAACCCUAUUUAAAGUAUGCAAAAUAGUCUUUUAAUAGAACAUUAUAAAUAUCAUUAAAAAUAAUUGUCACAGAUUCAAUUGUACUUUGUAAAUCAAUCAUAAUUAAACGGACAUAUAAAAUAUGUGAAUUAUUUUCGUGAAACUUUUAACAUUUUUAUUAAAAGUUUAAUAUUUAAGCAAAUAUUGCGAAAAUCUUUUUUUCUAUACAAUUUGAAAGAUUCCUUAUUUAAAUGAAAACUUAUUAUCAAUUUAAAUAGAAUUAGUUGCAGUUUUAUAGUAUAUAAAUUAACAACAAAUAUUUUUUUCUUAUUAAACAAAAGUACCGUUUCAACAAUGUUGAUCUAUAAAAACUCUAUUUUUUAUUUUUGUAUUUUGUUUUUAAUUAUGUAAUAAUGAAACUGUUGAUAAUUCAUACAUGGUUUUUCUGUUAAUAUAUGUUUUGUUAAUCUGUAGUAAUUAUUUUUAUUAUAAUUUAUUUAAAUAUAGUUAUUAUAUACCAGAAAUAAAUUCUUUCUAAAAUUUAUUGUUAUAUGAAACUUUAUAUGUAACUUAAGUCAGUAUAUAAGAUAAUUUGUAUAAAUAAUUGUUAUGAAAAUAUAUUUUAAUAGCAAUGAGAUAAAUUUUACAAAAAUGCUAUAUUACCGAAAUUUACGUCUUGAAAAUAUAUUCCUUUACUUUAUUUUUAACGUGGUAAAAUUAAUCUCUUUAUAAAAUAAUAUAACUAUUUAUCAAAUAAAAUUGUCAUUAAUUAGUGAAUAUUCCUUAAUAGUUACAUUAUUCAGAAAUGAUAACAAAUUAAUUAUUUGUUUGCAGGUAAAUGUUUAUCUUAAUCUUAUUAAUAUCUUAUGUUAAUUUUUAUUAAUAUUAAUUAAAAUUUAAUAUAUAAUUACAAAACAAAUAAUUCUGUAUCAUUUGCAGUAUUGUAUUGUAACAUUUUUUUAAUAUAAUUUUAAUUAAGUCGAUUAUACAUAUUACUGUAAAAUCUUUAAAGGACUGAAUACUUGGUUUUCCACAUAUGUUCCUAACUUAUAAUAUUACAUUACAUUUAAUAUUUUAAUAAAUAUUUCCUUAUUUCUUCUACAUUUUUUAAAUAUAGUAUAUGCGUGGACAUGCAUCUCAUAAAUCCUACUUGCUGGCAAGUUAAUGUGUAAGUUGUGACAGUGUGUAUAAUAUCUGAUAAUGAAUUUUUAAACAUAAGUAAAAGGAUUAUAUAUAUUUUUUAAAAAUAUCUUAUAUUAAUUAAUUUUUUAUGGUAUCAAUAAAUAAAGAUAAAAUUAAAAAUACUACUAUUUUCAUUUUAUAUUAUAAUGUUAACGCAAUACAUAUUCAUUGUGAAUUAUGUCUUAUGUAUAAUCAGAAAGUGUAAUUCUUCUAUAGUAAUUUUCAUACAAUCAAUAAAAUAAAAUUCCAUGA